AUGCUUUUCGGCGUCACCCUUCGACAGUCCAGGAGGCUGCCAUCUAUUCGCUCUGUCAGCUCAUCCUCCUGCCGGUACGCCGCUACGCAGACUUCUUCUCGUUUGGACUUCCAUGCUGUCGAUACCAAAUGGCAGCAGAGAUGGGCUGCGCAGGGUGGCAUGCCGGCGCCAUCGCAAGCGUCAGAGAAGUCCUAUAUCCUUCCCAUGUUUGCUUAUCCGUCAGGGUCUUUGCACAUGGGACAUCUGCGCGUCUACACUAUCUCCGAUGUGAUAGCCCGCUAUAGACGGAUGAAAGGCGACAAGGUGCUACAUCCUACGGGCUGGGAUGCUUUUGGUCUACCGGCUGAAAAUGCUGCUAUCGAACGCGGAGUCGAUCCUGCGGUCUGGACGGAAGACAACAUAGCGAAGAUGAAAAAACAGCUUCAGACCAUGAACACAAGUUUUGACUGGGAUGCCGAAAUAUCAACAUGUUCGCCAUUGUUUUACAAGCACACUCAGGGCAUUUUUCUCAAACUGUUUCAUCGAGGGUUGGCAUAUCAAGCAGAAGCAUUAGUGAAUUAUGAUCCUGUCGACAAGACUGUCCUUGCAAAUGAACAGGUCGACAGCAAUGGCCGUUCCUGGAGAUCAGGAGCUAUGGUGCAACAAAUCAAACUCCGCCAAUGGUUCUUCCGAAUCACGGCAUAUAGAGAAGCACUGCUCCGUGAUCUUGACUAUUUGUCCGAGGGUGGUAAAUGGCCGGAAAGGGUGAUCUCUCAGCAGCAAAAUUGGAUUGGUCGUUCUACCGGUGCGCGCAUUCAGUUCAGUUUGCAGAAUGAUAGUGGAAAUUCUGUGCCUGUUCAUGUCUUCACCACUCGGCCAGACACUUUAUUCGGUGUGAAGUAUGUCGCCUUGUCCAUGACACACCCACUUGUGCAACAGUUGGCUACGCAGUCCCCAGAACUGCAAGCUUUCCUGGACAGAAGAGCUUCUUUUGCGCCGGACUCAAAGGAGGGCUUCGAGUUGCCUCUCCGAGCACUCAACCCUCUCUCACACAUCCACAACACGAAUCAAGAACCACUACCGGUGUUCACUGCACCCUAUGUGCUCGAAGAUUACGGCGAAGGAGCGGUCAUGGGUGUUCCUGCCCAUGAUUCUCGAGAUUUAAGCUUUUGGAAGCUUCACAGGCCCUCGUCUCCUAUCCCGGUGGUCAUACAACCAGCAAAUGCCGACGACUUAUUGACCGAAAUCGAUCCUUCUGACAUGAAAGAAGCAUAUACCAACCCCGGCGUUUUAACCCCAGCAUGUGGUCCCUAUGGGGGUCUGCCCAGCGAUCAAGCGGGCACCAAACUCGUGGAGAAUCUACGUGAACAUGGCUUAGCGGAAGAGUAUGAAACAUGGCGACUGCGUGACUGGUUGGUGAGCCGACAGAGGUAUUGGGGAACGCCGAUCCCAAUCGUGCAUUGUCCUGAAUGUGGGACAGUGCCGGUCCCGGCUAAGGAUCUCCCUGUUGUACUACCGCGCCUUGAUACGUCCAUCAAAGGUCAGACGGGGAAUCCACUGGACAAGAUCGAGGAGUGGGUCAAUUGCAAAUGUCCUAGCUGUGGUGGACCGGCCAAAAGAGAGACGGAUACCAUGGAUACGUUUGUCGACUCUUCAUGGUACUUCAUGCGCUUCCCAGACCCCACCAACGGAAAGGAGGCGUUCUCGCGAGAGUCCGCUGAAAGCAUGCUCCCCGUCGACGUUUACGUGGGUGGGAUUGAGCAUGCCAUCCUGCAUCUGCUCUAUGCUCGCUUCAUUUAUAAAUUUCUUUGCAGUGAGGGCCUUGUUCCCCAUCAGAUUGGGAGCCAGGAGCCGUUUCAGAGGCUCAUAGCACAAGGCAUGGUCCAUGGAAAAACAUUCUCAGAUCCCGAUACUGGCCGGUUCCUGCUCCCCGGAGAAGUCGACUUUGAGGGCGAAACGCCUGUCAUCAAGUCUACACGCAAGCCCGCUAACAUCAGCUGGGAGAAAAUGUCCAAGAGCAAACAUAAUGGUGUUGAUCCGUCUGCCUUGAUUGAGAAGUUUGGGGCAGAUGCCUUGCGGGCUCAUAUUCUCUUCGCAGCUCCAGUCAGUGAAGUGUUGCAGUGGGACGAAGAAAAGAUUGUCGGUAUUCAGCGAUGGUUUGGACGAGUCAAUCGCCUCGUUUCUGAUAUUGGUGAUGAAGGAUAUGCCACUGCAGGCGAGGAUUUGUCAACGUGUCUGACUGACCUUGCUUCGUUGUCUGAAGAUGACAUUGAUGUCUUGCUUCUUGCUCAAACAACCAGCAGGAGCAUAUCCCACACUUUCUCCAACGACAUCUACAGUCUCAAUACGGCUGUGUCCGAUCUGAUCAAGCUUACCAACGCACUUCAUGAUAUUGGAGUUAAAAAGCUGAAACUGGUGGUCGCAUAUCACACAGUUGCCGCCCUGCUUCGAAUGAUGGCUCCAAUCACACCAGCCUUUGCCGAAGAGUGUUGGGAGGGCCUUGGGGCAGGCCAACAACCAGGAAGUAUUUUCAGCAGAACUUGGACUGGCGAUUUGUUGACACCAGAGCAAGAAUCUGCCAUGCGCGGUCGCAAGAAAUCCAUUACCUGCGCAGUGCAGAUAAAUGGUAAGCUUCGGUUUACCGCGCAAGUUCCAUCCAAUCAAACGCAAGGCACUACUGCCGCUGAUAAAGCCGCCAGGGAGGCAGAGAUACUCGAUGCCGUUCUCAAGACACCAGAAGGCCGAGUGUGGCUACAAGAAAAGAAUGAUUGGGAAAAGCGAAAAAGAGUGGUGGUCGUUGGUGGCGGCAAGGUACUGAAUGUGGUCUUCUAA